UAAUGUUAAGUUUAUCAUUUCAUGUUUAUUUUUUAAGGGUAAUUUUGGAAAAACAAGAAUUACUAACCGAUUCGUGGAAACAAUAUAUAAAUAUUUUGACAACAUUUUCUAUUUCACAAUUCGUAUUUUGCAUUUUAUCAUGCAUAUUCUUACAAAAUAUGGGAACCACUGCCUUACAUUUAUCACUACUUUCUGGAAACUUCUAUACACUGGUGACUGGUACCGUACUUUUAAACUACAAGUGCCACGCGCUUUAUUUCUUAUCCUAUUUACUAACAAUGAUUGGUGUUUAUAUUUACGUAAUCAAGCCGACACCGUUUGCUGCUCAGUACUUGCCUUCCGAUUCUCAAAGAACUCGAAAUAUUUCCAGCAGGCCAGAGUGUCAAAUCAGAGAACAUCAUAUGUCCCUGAGUCCAGAUCACAAUGGUCAUAUGCUUUCCACGUUUGGGACAAUUAACAGUAUGGAUACGUUACCGAUUACCAUAAGCACAAAUACCACCUUUACAUCUUUUUAUGGUAGUCACGAUGUUCUCAACAAUAAAUUGUCUACAAGUACCGCUUAGGAUUAAAUUAAACUUUUGUACAUUGUAAAUAGGUGCAUGUAUAGCGGCGUACUAGAAGUUUGUAUACUUAAUUAUUUAUUACUGUUUUUACUAAAGGUAUUAUUAAAUUAUUGCAACCGUC